AGAUAAAAGUAGAAUUUCUAGUCUUUUAUAUGGAAGAUCAAGUUUCACUAAAGUAAAAAAAAAAACUUCAGCACAAGCAGUAUUUACUCUGAUAACAGAAUCAACGUCAACAGUAACAUCAACACAAUUACUUAUAAGAGGAAAGCCUGAAAUAGAAGAUGUGUUGAUAUUAAAUGAUAAUGAAAAAUGA